AUGUGCGUGACUUUCCGGAUCAGCCUUGUCCUUGGCGCAUGGUCUCACCAUACUUCCCCUGGAAGUGUCGGCCUCGAACCCAGCUUAUCAGAAUCAGAGUCGGUCACUCGCGGCUCACUUAUAACCUACUACUUUGUACAAGAAAGGCUGUUGGGCCAGCAUGUCACGGGUGGGCCCGAAGUCGCCGAUCAAACGCCGCCAUCGUUCAUCUGGGCACCUAAUUGCUCAGGCAUCAUUCAGUGUCUUGCUAACAAGGCGCAAGCUAGUCGACUGCCAUUGUACAAAUCCCGACUGCUUAUCUUGCUGCCAUGGUGCACCCGGUUAGGUCUCUCAACAAAGAGCUCGAUCCUCGUAGAGGUCGACACCGAAUCGAGAGGUUAUCGAUCGUCUGACACAACGGAGGGCGGAUCUUCCAAGGUCGAAGACGGUGAUGAGCCUAUCGAAGAGACCUCCAGGAGGGGCGUCUCUCGCAACAAAAGUCAUGGAACUCAACGCACAAAUUUCUCGCGAAACAAAAGCCAUGCCAGUCACCGCACUGGCGUAUCUCAAAAUCAGAGUUAUCGAAGCCAGCCUCCCGCUACCCUGAGGAACCAAAGCUAUGGGAGUCAAGCACAGUUCUCCCUGGCAGGUCCGAAUGCGUAUUAUGGACCACUACCUCAACAGGGCGCCUACAUGCAUCCGGAGUAUCAGUCAUUUAAUCCUCAAUACGGAAACAUGCAAGGGGACAAGCCUGUCUGGAGUCUAGCGCAGCCGCUGCCCCAUGUUGUCCGAGACGGAAUGCGGUAUGGAGCCUUGCCGGAGGAUCGAAAGGAAGAAAGAGACGAGGAUGGACGAGAACGCCCGCCUCCAGCGUCAGAAGAGCCGCCCACGGAUAUUCCGAAGACGGAUGAAGCUAGAGAGAAUGGCGAAGAGCCCCAGAAUGAGAUGGGAUUUUUCAAUAAGUGGUCCAAGAUUCGAUAUUAUCUGAGGGAGCCAUUGGGCGAGUGGUUGGGGACAACCAUCGCCAUCACUCUCGGUCUCUGCGGCGGGUUGUCAACCUACACAUCGGACGGCCAAGCCGGCUCAUGGAUGACCCAGAGUGCCUGUUGGGGCUUCAGCUUCAUGAUCGGCAUCUACAUUGUUGGUGGCAUCUCCGGUGGCCACCUCAAUCCCGCCAUCACAAUCUCCAUGUCCCUCUGGCGAGGAUUUCCCGCCCGCCGAUGUGUUAUUUACAUCCUCGCUCAGCUGAUCGGCGCCAUCACCGCCGGCGGAUUCGCCUACGCCAUUUACCACGACGCCAUCGUCAACCUCUCCGUCGAGACCAACCUCCCACAAAGCGAAACAACAGCUAGCCAAGCAUUUCUAACUCUACCAAAACAAUUCGUCAGUCCAGCUACUGCAUUCUUCAAUGAGUUCCUAGGCACCGCUAUUCUCGUCGGAACCAUCAUGGCCUUGGGUGACGACACCAACGCCCCCCCAGGAGCAGGAAUGCAAGCAUUCAUCAUCGGCAUACUGAUCACCGUAUUAGUCCUUGCCCUAGGAUAUAACACAGGCGGAGCAUUCAACGGCCCCCGCGACUUCGGCCCCCGGCUCGUCGCCGUAAUGGCCGGGUGGGGCGGACACCUCUUCAAAGAGUACCAUGCCUGGUGGAUCUGGGGCCCUUGGGUCGCCGACAUCUUCGGAGGAUUGUUCGGGGCGUUCAUCUACGAUUUAGUGGUGUUCACUGGUGGCGAAAGCCCGAUCAAUUACCCGCCGAGGAGACGCAAGCGCGCACUGCUGAUCAAGGAGAAGAAUCUGAGAAGCAAGUUGCGUUUUGGGAGGAGGAAGAUCGGGGAUAUUGAGAGGGCAGUUGAGGAGAACCAGGAUUGA